CUAGAGGCGCUACAACAACUGAGCGUUUUAUUCACUUUCACACAAUCACAAGUACAAUGGCUGAUUAUGACUUCAUAAACAGUUAUUUUUUCACUCUAUUACUCACAAACUGAUAUGUUAUGAUAUCGAAACACUUUACCUCUAACGCAUCAUUUGAAACACGAUACAUUUGUACACUUGUAUCUCAGGCCAACCUACAUUUACACACUUAUACCAAAGAGAUUAGCUUGUGCUACAGCUCACCUUAUAGACUGUUGGACAUGGAACGUGGUAGACCACGGUUCGAGCCCAGCCAAGCACGCAAGUUGACACAUGAGAUAAAAGUGUCAUAUAAUCAACAUAAAAUUAUGUGGUUUCUUCAGAAAAUUUGCUUUUCACAUCACAUUUCCUUUUAGGACACUAUCGGUUAGGUUUAGGUGUUGGUUUUGGCUAAAGAUGUCUAAUUUGUUAACCUCUCAUUUGCUUUUAGGACACUUGGUUAGGUUUAGGUUAAAGUUUUUGGUUAGGUAGGCAUGUUUUACCUAUUAAAACCUCUAAAAUUCACCUUUAAAACCUUGUCUGAUUAUGACUCCAUUCCACUCGCUUUUGGCGCCCCCCGGGACAAUUCACUGGGAAACUGUAGUAAGAUGUGUAAUAAAUAUCAAGAUCAUCAGGCUGUGAAAAUCCUAAGUCUGAUUACUUAGAAUAGAUGCAGCACACCUCUCCUCAACAAGUUGCAUGAUUUGAGGUUUCAUUCAUGUCCGUAGCAAAGUUUAGUACUUAGAACACAUCCCUAACCCUAAGCAUGAGCAAUAACUCUUGCCUUAGCAAGCGCCACUAACAAAACUUCUGAAAUAGUCUGAAAUAGCCAAAAGUGAAAGUGAACCUUUAAUACCAUUGAGUUCUCUAUUUACUGAGCCAUUAAAAGCUCUCAUGUAAGCAGGUGUGGCAACAGACAGGUCUACUGGUUCCUCUAGUGAGGAAGAGUGAAUCUGACGGCCGCAUCUCCAUGCCUGCCACUCAUGCUCUUUAUUUUUUUUGAUGUGGAACACACAGGAACUUUAGUCCCAUUGACUGAACACAUAAUGACCCCACCUACUAAUGUCUAGGGGCAAAAGUCAUCUGUGAAACCAAUUACUACUCCCCUUUUCUGAACUUUAUCUGAGGAGGAGCCACAAACUACUUUGCCCAAAGCCUAAGGGCUGCACAAACAUCCAGCUUUCAACUCACAGAUCAUGAAAACAUGAUAAAUUGGUGCAAAAAUGCUCAGUGUACCAUGAGACGUCAACACUGCGGAAGAAUAGAUGCAAGGUGCAUGAAAAGCUCACAGGAUUACUGGUGAACAUCUGAUGCUCACCUGGAGCACUCUGAUUCUGGCCUCAUACCAGGUACAAAAGGAAACAUGUUUGGCUUCGUGAAGAACACAUGAAGUGAAUAAGACUAUAACUUGCAGCACAACAUAUCAUUUAUUGAUGUAGCACGAAGACUGGCAACUAACAAUUGACUGAAUGUACAAGAGUCAACCACUUGACUCCUACAUAAUCAACAUGAAUCUCGUAAGUAAUGGAUUGUCUGUGCAGUGCUACCUGAAGCCCAAGAUGAUGGGCAAGAUGAGAAGAAGAGUUCAAGACAUGAGGAACCCAAAAUCUCUGGUGCCUUCAAUGGACCUGAGUCACAACGAGAGCACACGACUGGCCAUGGAUGCCCUCCUGGACAAAGGGCUAGAAGGAUACCAGGAGGUUCUGGUCAAGGAGAAUGAAGCAAACUUUCUUUCAGUGGAUGAGAAAGCAUACAUCUUAAACAACGUUAAAAAGCCUCUUGCUGAGGAUGAGGAGGCAGACCAGGAUGUGGAGGUGUCUAGUUCUCCAUCAAUUUCUUCACAAACAUACUAUCCUUUGAUCACAGAUAGUGAACCUCCAGUUCUUGACUACGGCUGGCCAGUGGCUGACUGGAGUUACUACCUACAAGGGAUUCCAAGUGUGGAAGUUUUUUUCCAGUCUGUAAAAUCUACUUCCAUGAAGGACCUACUGAGGGAACUCAUCAGGAAAGCAACUAAAGUUUUGGCGAUAGUCAUGGACACAUUCAGUGAUGUGGAGAUUUUCUGCGACAUACUGGAUGCAACAAGAAAACGCAAUGUGUAUGUUUACCUCCUUCUGGACCACACCAAUAUACAGGUGUUUGAGGAAAUGUGUGAAAAUCUGAAAAUCAACAAGUCACACCUUACUCGAAUGUCAAUUCGUAGCAUUCAAGGUGAAACAUACUGUUCCAAAUCAGGAAGAAAAUUCACUGGCCAGGUGACAGAGAAGUUCAUCAUUGUGGACUGCACACAAGUGCUGGUCGGCUCGUACAGUCUCACCUGGCUGUCCUGGCAGGUUCACAGGAGCUUGGCUGUUCUCUUCAAAGGCAGUGGGGUUAAACCUUUUGACCUGGAGUUCCGCAGGAUAUAUGCCAUUUCUAAACCAGUGCCAGGAUUUUCCUGCUAUACUUCAAACACUGGUGAUCACUGCAUUCUUCCAUCCUUGGAGAAACUACAGACCUCGGUCUGCCCAGCGGGCAAUGGAGAAGGUAUUGCCCCGAAGACUGAACAUCACAAACAGAAGCAUCUGAACCCCAGGAACCUAAGUUUUCCAACACCUCCUGUACUGGUAAGAAGAACCAGCUAUCCAUGCAUCACAGCUGGACAACAAAGUUCUCAAUGGCUUCCACGGAGGAAUACAAUUCAUGGCCCAAUAGCUUGUCCGUUGCCCUUCUUCCGAGAUUAUAAUACUAGGGGCCAAACCUGGAGCCCAGUACAGAACAGCAACAUCAACAGAGGUGUUCAUGGAACAUCCCAUUGGUGCUAAAC